UUUCAGUUUAUACUAGAAUCAUGCAGGUGGAGUCGAGCUUUUCAGAGGUAUAAGCGGAGCAAGUUUGGCUAAGAAUCCAGUUGCCAAGGUUCUGCUUGGCCCAAGAUUGGCAUUCAUGGCAAGAAGAAGAUGGUGGAGUCGGCCAUUAUAGUUUUUGGAAAUUUUUUAAAAGACCUAAAGAUCAAAGUCUGGGUCUUGAGGCGCACAGAAAUUUCGCACGAGUAACCGAACGAGAAGAGCUGGUAAAACACGCAAAGAGGAGGAAAGGAGAUCUGCCAGCUAUGGAGAUUCAUCUGGCUUCAUUUCCAUUAUAAAUUGGCAACCUCCUCCACCAAUUCCAAAGGGCGGUAGGAGGAAGACAGAGAGAGGGAGAUGGAGGAGGCAACCUCAUCUGACCUAACAUGCGGCAAUCUUCCUCGCCACCUAUCAUCCUUCGUCAAUGCUUUCGUCGACUUCUCCGUGAGCGGCCUCUUCUUUCCAAACACUAAACCUAACAACCCUUCUGCUCCAACCCCUGCGAUCUCCACGCGCUUCCCCGCACCUUCCCGCCUUGUCGCGAUCGGCGAUCUACACGGCGACCAUUCUAAAUCGCUCCAAGCUCUGGCCCUCGCCGGCCUCACUGACCCAUUUUCCCUCCGCUGGACCGGCGGUGCCACCGUCGCCGUCCAGGUCGGCGACGUCCUCGACCGCGGUGGCGAUGAGAUCCGCCUCCUCUACCUUCUCCACAGGCUCAAAUUCGAAGCGUCCCGCGCCGGUGGCGAGCUUCUCACCAUCUUGGGCAACCACGAGAUCAUGAAUAUAGAAGGCGAUUUCCGCUACGUCACCCCCGAGGGCCUCGACGAGUUCAAGCAAUGGGGACGAUGGUUCCGUGUCGGUCUUUCCAUGAAACACCUCUGCUCGGGUCUCGAAAAGCCUAGCGAUCCCUUCAAAGGAAUCCCCACCUCAUUCCCCGGCGUUAAAAGGGAGUUCUGGGAGGGGUUUCGAGCAAGAAUCGCCGCCCUUCGACCCGACGGCAUCCUCUCCCGACGCUUCCUAUCCGGCAAUCAGACCGUCGUGGUGGUCGGAGAUUCAAUUUUCGUCCAUGGAGGACUUUUGCAGCGGCAUGUUGAGUAUGGUUUGGAAAGGAUCAACGAAGAGGCUAGGGAUUGGAUUAAUGGCUUGAAAGGAAGACGCUCUCCUACAUACAUGAGAGGAAGGGAUAGUGUGGUCUGGUUGAGGAGAUUCUCUGAGGGUUUUAACUGUGAUUGCCAGCAUCUUGAAGGCAUUCUUGCCAUGAUCCCAGGAGUGAGGAGGAUGGUAAUGGGUCAUACAAUACAGGAACAAGGAAUCAAUGCUGUUUGUGAGAACAGAGCCAUUAGAAUAGACGUUGGGUUAUCCAAAGGAUGUUCAAAUGGAUUGCCUGAGGUGCUUGAGAUCAAUGGUGGCUUGGACUUGAGAGUCAUAACUGCAAACACAUUGUAUGAUCACAGACGGGUGAUGAGGGAGGAAGAAAAGGAUGGGCUUGCUCUGCUUGUCAGUGAGAAUAGACUGAAGGAAGUAGAAGCUGCAGCUUAGGCAACAAUGCUGGGCGGAGUAGUCAUCUGGCUGCAGUACUGAACUCAAGGGGUAACAAAACGUUGUUAUUUUCUUUACAAUUUCUGUGACUUCUGUAGAUAGGAGAUUUAAGCUUGUUUUGGGACGAUUUUUUACUGUUUUCUGAAGCAGAUUUUUAAUACAAAAAUUUAAACUUUUAUA